AUGAAGGCCCUGGAUGUGUGUUGUUGGUGCCGCUGUCUUUCUGAUCGGCUCUCCCUCUCAUUCCCUCAUUCCCUUCUCAUCCCUUCUCAUUCCCUUCUCAUCCCCUUCUCAUUCCCUUCUCAUCUCUUUUUCAUUCCCUUCUCAUUCCCUGCUCAUUCCCUUCUCAUCCCCUUUUCAUUCCCUUCUCAUCCCGUUUUCAUUCCCUUUUUAUUCCCUUCUCAUCCCCUGCUCAUCCCCUUCUCAUUCUCUUCUCAUCCCCUUCUCAUUCCCUUCUCAUUCCCUUCUCAUUCCUUUCUCAUUCAUUCUCAUUCCCUUCUCAUCCCCUUCUCAUCCCCUUCUCAUCCCCUUCUCAUUCCCUUAUCAUCCCCUUCUCAUUCCCUUCUCAUUCCCUUCUCAUUCCCUUCUCAUUUCCUUCUCAUUCCCUUCUCAUUCCCUUCUCAUCCUUCUCAUUUCCUUCUCAUUCCCUUCUCAUUCCCUUCCAUUCUCAUUCCCUUCACAUUCCCUUCGCAUUCCCUUCUCAUCCCCUUCUCAUCCCCUUCUCAUUCCCUUCUCAUUCCCUUCUCUCCCGCCUCGCGCUCCCCUCUCUUGCCCCUCGCUCAACCAGCGCCCUGGUUCACGAUGCUGGUAGCGGCGUGGGUGCUGUGUGGGCUGGGCGUGGCAGCAUGGCUGUUCUACUCCAACCACUCGCAGUAUGAGGAUUGCCCUACUAAGCUUAACCAGUUUUCUCUCUCGCUCUUCCCGCUCUCGCUUUCCCCAGUAGAUCUCGCCCCACUCACCCCGCCCAGCGCCCUGGUUCACAGUGCUGGUGGCGGCGUGGGUGCUGUGUGGUCUGGGCGUGGCAGCAUGGUGCUCGUGGCAGCAUGGGUGCUGUGUGGGCUGGCCGUGGCAGCAUGGCUGCUCUACUGGAAGCACUCGCAGUAUGAGGAUCACAGGGAGGAGGCGCUGGGCGUGUGGUGCAAGGAGCGCGCCCUCAUGCUGCAGCAGCUCGUGCUCACCCAUGUGGGGCAGAUGCAGCAGCUCGUGCCCACUCAUGUUGUCAGGCAGACGCAGGCUGGGGCAGAGAGGCAAGUGGGAGCUGGACAGGUGUUUGAACGGCAGCUCGUGGGAAGCAUACCUCACGCGCACCGCCUAUGCUCGCCCCGGGAACACGGGGGCGUCUUCAUGCGUCUUU